GAUAUCAAAAAUUUAGACUUCAAAGAUAGUUUUAUGUAGGUAGAUACUAAUAGAGUAAUACUAGAUAACAGAUUAGAUACAAAGUAAGCUGUAAGUAGUAUAACUGCCCAUUUAAUCACCUGUUAUGUUGUUUUUUUUUAGAUUUGCACUGUAUGGAGAACAAGAGUACAAGAACAUGAAACAUCUUAUUAUGAAUGUAUAUGUAUGUGAUCCUCAAAAAUGAUUUUACAAAACAAGAUAGAGAAAGAGCACAAUUUUAAAAAGCACAGAAACAAUUUUAAAACACAUUACAGGCAUGAGGAUGAUAUAGAGCACUUACAUAAAUACCAAAACCAGAUAAAUAUCUCUUCAACGUUUAUUUUGAGACUUUCUUCAAAAAUUAAACUUCAGACUGUUCAGGAUAGCAUAGGAGGCGAAUUAAAAAGAAUUGAUUUAAUUACAAGAAAAGAUAUCACAAACAUUAAACUCUCUUAUGGCAUUGAUUUGAAAGAUGGGUAUAUGUACAAUGAUGAUGCAACCGGUGUUUAUUUUUGGGUUGAAUGCUUACAGACUCAUGUCCAAUAUUAUUUUACAAACAACAGGGCAUACUAAUGGAUAUUCAUUCUGAAUUUAACAUUUAUGAUUUUUGUCUUAUUUUCCUUAAUACUGUGCCAAAAGGAAAUGUUAAUUAAGUUUGAUAAAUCCUUUAUCGCAAUCGAUGGAACUCAUGGGCUCAAUUCCUAUGACUUUGAACUUAUUGACAGUACAGUGGAACCCCGUUAACUCAGAUUAAUUGGGACCGCGGCCGAUCCGGGUUAUUGAAAAUCCGGGUUAGCCGGAGAAAAUGGUAAAAAUUAAUAAAAUAUGGUAUGCUUACAGAUAAACUCCGUUAUAAUUGUCACACAGACACUGGUAAACCACGUUCGCAUUCCACACAAAACCACACAUACAAAGCGUCGUCAAAAGUCUCAUUCUUAGCUUUAUUAGCUUUGCACCGAUUAAACUGUCUUUUGUUAUCAUUUUGAAAAAAAAAAUUCUUCGAUUUUAGUUCUAUUUUUCUUCCAAUCCGAUACUGUAGAUGUACCGACACCAUAAUAUAAUGCUGCAAGAUUCACCUUUAUCAAUUCUACUUAAUGCUUCUAGUUUCUUUUCCAUUGUCACUACAACAUUUUUACGUUUUGUUGCCCUUAUAGACAAAAGACACGCAAACACAAAAUCUGAAUAAAUUUACGAACGAUUACAAAACGAAAGCGAACAAUAAUACGACUUUUAUUUACUACACACAAUACCGUCUCUGAUGUUAUGUUAUUUAAUAAAAGUGAUGACUAAGACAUUGUUAAAAAAAGAAUUUUAAUAGUCUUUUCUAAACAAUGCUAACACAGACAGUUUCAAAAAAAUAAAGGAUAAUACAGGUGCAUGUUGUUUUCGACAAUGAAUGUGGUGUACCAUGAGUCAUUUUUACGAUGUUAUAUGUAGUUCAAUCCGGUUCCAUUAUCUCUCAAAUAUUAUAUUACAUAGAGUUGGUACAAAACCUCGUGAACCUUGAAAAUGCGUAUGUAUAACCGAAAUAAAAUGAAGCCAAAAACAUACGACUAUUUUAUUUGCUGCGAAUUGCGCGACAGGGUCCCAUCUGCACCGAUAUUUUCAGUAAUGUCGGAUUCAUCAAUCGUUUCGUUCGUAUAUUGACGUCACCAAAUGAAUGAAUUAGGUUCACGAGAUUUUGUAACAGCAAUACAUUUUUAUUGUUGAAAUGUUUGUCUGAUAAAAAUCGGUCCGGGUUAGCCGGAGUUCCGGGUUAUCGGGGGCCGACUUAUCGGGGUUCCACUGUAUUAGUAAAAGAUGAAUUUGGGAAUGGAUUUUGUACUGCUUUCUUAUUUUCAAAUAGAAAAGAUACCUACUUUAAUUUACCAAUUUUUUUAAAUACAUGUCUGUGUUGGUAUUAUAUGUAUAGUCAAAUGUUUUCAUAUCAGGCAUAAGCGACACCUUUUACAAUGCCUCGUCAAAUGUAAUGGGUAUUGCUCCUAAUAGACUGUUAAGUGCCUGGCACAUAGAUAGGGCAUGGUAAGUAAAUCUUAAUAAAAUAUCUGAUUCUGAAAAAAAUCCUAUUAUGUAUACAAGAUGUAUUAAUGAUGGUUUAGAGAGUAUUAAUAGCUUUUUGGGUAGACUUCUAAGUGAUGCAGAUGCAUACAAUUUUAGUAAGUAUUUCCAGUAGAACUACUGCCAUAACAUCCAACAAUGGGUCUAUUGUUAUAGGAAGGGGUUGUGGAAUUAAUACCAAUAUGACCAUUCAAAAUUUUCAUAAAAUUUUGGAUAAAAGGGUAUCCAUUAGUUGUUAUCAGUUAAGUUUAAAACUUGGCACUCAUGGAGAGCUAUACCAUAAUAUAUAAUAGGUAUAUCUCAUAAUAUUACAUCUCAUAUUGUUCACUACAGUAGUAAUGAGUGAGCCUGCAUACACAGAACCAUA